AUGAGCGAAUCGAAGCUCUCUCCCUCCCUUGCCUCCCGCGACCUCGUCUUCCAUGUCUGGCCAAAAUACGGCGACGCUCUCUCAUUUGAUGCGGUGUCUGUCGCGGCGCUCCUAUACGUCCAGCUAGCGCUCCCGGGCCAGUUCGCCAUUGCCUACUGCGCUAACCCUGACCUUUCUCCGACCGGUCAACUCCCCUUCCUCACCCAUGGACUCUACUACGCGUCUGGCCUUAGUCCCAUAGUGGCCUACGUCCGCAAACUCCGCUAUGCGCGAGAGCUGGAUGCUGGACUUAGCCCGGUGCAGGCUGCACAGUUGACGGCACGCAUCGCUCACGUAGAAUCCUGUUAUGGAGAUCUGGUGAACCACAUGCUGUACUCUCUGCAAGACAACUGGGCAGGUGUGACCAGGCCCGCCCUCGUUUCUAUGCUGCCCGUACCGCAACGCUACUACGUCCCUAACCGGUUACGAGCAUCACAUAAGACGCGGCUUCAGGCGGUGGAGCUCUGGGAUGUCCCCGAAGACGAAGAGGAGGAAGAGGAGGAACAGCGCCGGGUGGUGUUUGGGAGGCGGAAAAAGUUCAAGCUCGGGCCCACUGCGCAAACGCUACAUUGCAAAAAGAGUUUCGAGCGCGAGAAGGUUGUGGAGAAAGCAAAAGCUUUGUUCGAGGUGUACGACAAGCUGCUGGGAGACUACCAGUUCUUUAACGGCAGUGAGAUUCCAACAACGCUCGAUGUCGUUUUUGCCGCGCACACGCAUAUGCUCCUCAAGCUCGCUCUCCCUGACUCCCUGGUCACCACCGCACUGGAUUCAUAUCCACGCCUCGUCUCACACUGUCACGCGGUCCUUUCCGCCGCCUUUCCGCCAAACGUGCCAUUCCCGCCGACCAUCCAACAAAACUGGCUAUCCUCUCUGCGCUGCCUCAUCCCCUGGCCUCGCACGCCGACAACCCACCGCUCAGCCUCCACCCUGGCAACCUCGCCGGAGGCGCAGCAAAUUGAGCGACGGUACAGGCUCUGGAGAUGGGGCCUCAUUGCGGGGUCCGUUCUGGCAACAACGGGCUAUAUCUGGUUCGGCGUCGCCAUGCUUCUCGCACAGAAUGGUGAGUUCGCUGCGCGACUGCGCGCGGCUGCUUCUGGUGAGCCUGCUGCAGAGCCUGCACCAGAGGCAGAUGAUGAGGACGACGAGGAGUAGGAACGAAGGGUUGAAUUUAUCACCUUAAUACUGCC